AUGUCCUCUCCCGGUGCCACCUCCAACCCUCUGAACAGUCUGGCGCCAAAAAGGAAAACAAAGAAGAAACACUUCGUGCAGCAGAAAGUGGAGGUUUUCCGAGCCAGUGACCCCGUGUUGAGCGUGCUGAUGUGGGGAGUCAAUCACUCGAUUAAUGACCUGAGCCAGGUGCCUGUGCCUGUCAUGCUGCUUCCAGACGACUUCAAAGCCAGCACCAAGAUCAAAGUCAGCAACCACCUCUUCAACAAAGAGAAUCUUCCAGGACAGUUCAAAUUCAAAGACUACUGCCCGCAGGUGUUCAGAAACCUGCGAGAGCGCUUCGGAAUUGAGGACCAAGAUUACCUGGUGUCUCUGGCCCGCAGUCCUCCACUGAAAGACGAGGAGGGGCAGCGGGUGGAGCUGCUGCUGACAUCAUUCGACCGCACUUUGGUAGUAAAAGAAAUCUCCAGUGAGGAGGUGGAAGAAAUGCACAACACCCUCUCUGAGUACCACCAGCAUAUCGUCACCUGCCACGGCAACACGCUGCUGCCUCAGUUCCUGGCCAUGUACAGAGUCACUGUGGAGAGCGAGGACACCUACCUGUUAGUCAUGAGGAACAUGUUCAGCCACAGACUGCACGUACACAGGAAGUAUGACCUCAAGGGGUCCCUGGUGUCUCGUGAAGCAAGUUUUAAAGAGAAGGUGAAGGAGCUGCCCACUUACAAAGACAUAGACUUCAGGAAUAACAUGCAAAAAGUUUACGUGAGCGACGAGGAGAAAGAGAAGAUCACGGACAAGCUGAACAGAGAUAUCGAGUUUCUGGUGCACAUGAGGAUCAUGGACUACAGCCUACUUCUGGGUAUCCACGACGUCGAGCGAGCCGAGAGGGACGAGGAGGAGGAAAUGGAGUCGUCCUAUGAAGAGGAAGAGGAGGAUGAAAAUGGCUUUGCUCCUGCUCAAGGCUCCACCUCCUCUGAAGGCAUCGGUGGCUACAUGAACUCCUUCAAACCCAUGGGUCCCGGCGAGUUCGACCCGUAUGUGGAUGUGUACGCCAUUCAGAGCGCUGUAGGUGCACCCCAGAGGGAGGUGUAUUUUAUGGGUCUGAUUGACGUGCUGACACAGUACGACACCAAGAAGAAAGCUGCUCACGCUGCCAAGGCUGUCAAACACGGGGCAGGAGCAGAAAUCUCAACAGUUCACCCAGAGCAGUACGCUAAACGUUUCCGGGAAUUCAUCACUAAGAUCUUUGCCUAGUUCAGUGAUUUAGUCCAGGAGCCUCAUUACAGAAAAAUGUGACAACACUUGACAGCACCAGAAUAAUUUGGGCAAAUCUGCAGGGUGUCAGUUUGGAACAAUACAACGUUCAUCUCAGCUCCAAUGUGUGAUUUAAGCUGCUAAGACUGAUGUUAUAAUGUUGCCAAAUACAGAUUUUAAAUAAAUCACAACAACACAACAAUGUGAAUAAAUACCAGCUGUUAAAUACUGACAGCUUCCAUUAAUGAGCUCAUAUUUUAGAAUAAAUUGAAUGAUAUUUAACAAUCUAGCAUGUUUGCAUUAUAUGAAUCCAUUUGGAAAUGUUCAUCAUUGAAUGUAUUAUCAACUAUGAUAUGAUUAUGUGCUAUUAAAAGCUGUUUUCACAA